ACUGUCAUUUUCAAUGCAGAAGGCAAAUGUCAAAACAGCUGAGGAAAAUGCAAAUAUUUUUAUGUCGAAGAGAGAUUCCACCAAUUUGAGGAGGUCUUUUAGCGUCAUAUUUUGAAGAAAAAUUCAUUUAUCGUUUCAACAACAGUUUAAACUGUAUAGAUCCAUUCAGACCAAAAUAGCCACUAUGGAAGAUAAUAAAUCUGAAGGGGUCCAGUUACAUUCAGGCAGUAAUGUCAAAGACAAUACAAGUGAAAAUGAUGAAUCUGGAUUCAGUGAAGAUCUCUGCAUAAGCAAAACUUCCCAAUCAGAACUGUCUUUUGCAGAUAACUCAUUAAGUGGUCAGUCAAAUAUAACUUCUGCUGAAAUGUCAUUGUCUGAGAAGUCUCCGGAGAAUCAAUUGAGCCUUAAGAAGGAUGACAGUGGGAUCUUUUCAGAAAAAUCUAGCAGUGUUUUCUCUGAUAAGUCUCCAAAUGUAAAUAUCAGUGACUGUGAUGGUAGUGAAAGUGUAGGGGAACCAGAUGACAAUAUUGUAGAUGAACACGAGCUGGGUCAUAAUAAUGUUCAAGACGAUGAAUUUGUUAGAAGUGUUGAUAACGAUUGUGACGACAAAUUUGAAGAUAACAAGGUAGUUGUUGAAAGUGAAGCUUCAGGUGCAGUUAUGGAUGUUGAUUUCACAAUUUCUGUUGAUCUUUUGCCUAAAACCAGUUCUGAUAAUUCUGAUAAUGUGAUAAAUAAUAAAGGAAAAUCAGUUGUUUCUAAGCCUUGUGAUAAAACAUAUGCAGAUAAUGACAAUGAUGUAACUGAUACAAAAGAUUGUGAUAGAAAGAAAGUUAAAAAACAAUCACACAAAUCGAAACUUGUUGAUUAUGAUGACUCUGAUGCAAGUGAUAAGUCUGAUAAUGAUGUUGAUGACAUAGACAGUGAUAAAAUGACAAGUGAAAAAGGUAAAAGAAACUAUCGAAAACGCAAACAGACAUCAGACUCUGAAACAGACAGUGGUUCAAAUGAUUCUAAAGAGGAAGAGAAUGCAAACAAUAGUGGUCAGCCUGUCUUGUUAAGACAUCGUCCAUUGACAGAAAACACAGGGAACAAUGUUGUCACCCUUUCAGAUCUAAGUAGCGAUUCAAGUAGUGAAGAUGAGAACAAAACACAGACUAAACAUGAUUCAGACUCUGAACCAGAAGACACACCAGUGGAUAUCACAAAGUUUGGGCCUCCUAAGCAUAGAUGGAAAGCAUUAUUCGACCUUAGAAAUCGUGAGAGUGGUUAUUCGCCUGCUCAGGACAGUGGUCGUUUUGCUAGGAAGGUUCAGGGGAGUUUACAGAUGGUCCAGAGGUUCAAACUUCAGUACAAGAUGAAACGCCAUGAGGGAUGUGUGAAUGCUCUCAACUUCAACAGGAAUGGCACAUUGCUGGCGAGUGGUUCAGAUGACCUAAAUAUAGUGGUAUGGAACUGGAUAAGGAACCGGCCAGUACUUGUGUAUGACAGUGGACACAGGAGCAAUGUGUUUCAGUGUAAGUUCAUGCCAUUCAGCGGCGAUUGUCACGUAGUGAGCUGUGCACGAGAUGGUCAGGUUCGACUAGCUGACCUCUCCUCAACAGGUGUAUGUAAAGGCACAAAAAAACUGGCACAGCAUAGGGGAGCAGCCCACAAGUUAUCUGUGGAGAAUGACUCCCCGCAUAUCAUUCUGAGUGCGGGAGAAGAUGCAGUCACAUUUGAGAUAGAUCUUAGACUGGAUAAACCCAACAAGUUGGUGACGACAAAGGAAGCUGACAAGAAGGUGUCCAUCUACUCCAUCCAUUCCAAUCCCGCAGAUUCCAAUGAGUUCUGUCUUGGGGGCCGAGACCACUAUGUCCGCGUGUAUGACAAACGUAAGAUAAAUGAGGAGGUGAAUGAUGGCUUAUUGAAAAAAUUUGUUCCAGAACACAUUGCUGCCAGUGAAAACAACAUGAUGAAGGCCAAUGUAACAUGUGCCUGUUAUAACUAUAAUGGAACAGAGAUACUGGGCACGUAUAAUGACGAGGACAUCUACCUGUUCAACAACACCCAUUCAGACUCAGCAAGCUACAUUCACCGAUAUCAAGGACAUCGGAACAACCAGACCGUCAAGGGAGUUAACUUUUACGGCCCACACAGUGAGUUUGUGGUCAGUGGAAGUGAUUGUGGACACAUCUUCCUGUGGGAUAAGGAUACCGAAAACAUUGUCCAGCGCAUGGAGGGGGAUGAGGGAGGUGUGAUUAAUGUAUUAGAGCCCCACCCCCACUUCCCGGUAUUGGCCACCAGUGGGCUUGAUUCUGAUGUUAAGAUCUGGGCUCCCACUGCAGAAAAACCCACAGAACUGCAGGGGCUGAAAAAGGCUGUGAAGCUUAAUCAGCGUGAGAGGGAAGAAGAGCGUACAGGAGAAGGUGGAAUGGUUGACGGCUCCAUGCUCUGGUUCAUUAUGCAUCACCUGCGACAGGGACGCAGACAACGUGCAAGAGCCGCACGUGCAGCACGGGGGGAGCCGGACCCAGAUACAGACUCGUCUGAUACAGUCAGUGAGGAUGAGGAAUUCUCGAUGGGCGAGAGUGAUGACAGUGAUGAUCCAAGAAAUCAGUGUAAUCCCUCGUAAAUGUUGAAGCGCGUUGGUCAGGCCUUAUUUAAACAGCUCUAUGGAUAUCAAAUGUUUUCUCUCUGUUUUUCAUCUCCUAGUUGCAAGGCAUAGACUGUUAGUAGUUGGUGUUCAAUGUAUUAACAGUUUCUGUUUGUGAUUACAUUACUAGUUGCUGGUUUAUGAUAUUGAAAGUAUGAGGGCCAUUCAAAAAUUAUGUAGACUUUGAUUUUGAUGUCCUGUCAAAAUAUUGGGUGGGAAUAUUAAUGAAAUAGUUCGUUUAAAUAAAAUGCAAGAUAAAUGGACAAAAUGCAUUGACUUUCUGAUAUUUUGAUGAUUGUUUUAACAAUAAGAUACAUAGAUGAAGCUCACGGCUGCAUGUAAAUGUUUUACCCCUCUCUAUCACAAUUACAUACUUAUUGAACAGCCCUCCUAGAUAUAAAGUGAAAAACAUAUUUAUAAUGAUAAACUUUUGCAACCAACAUAAUAUGCAUUGCAUUUUGGAAGUAAUGAGUUGUAAAUAUUUUGAUUUGUGCUUGAAAUGCUUUAAUCAGGUGUAAUUGUUGCGUUUUCAGAAAUCAUUACCAUUCAUUGGAUGAUUUAACUGUCUAACUGAUCUCAUUUGUUGAUGAAAGCCAUAUUGAUUAAUGACAUGUAUUCAAUAAAUAUUCAGAUUGAAUGUGCUUGCAUAUGCCAAUCAUGUAUACACUAAAAUUUGAUGUUGUCCUACUUAUUGACCUGAAUUAUUAAAAUACCAUUAUGCACAUGUAUUGUUUUGUGAUUAAAUAUGUUGUUUAAAUUUUGUUAUCACUAACAUACAUAUAUAAAAAUUACAGGAGUAUGACUCAUUAUUUAGAAUUUGUUGGUUUUUUCAUAUUUGGUCCCAGAAUGGCUGUCGACCAUCAAACCAAAUAAUGAUACAACUUCCUGUGGGAGUAAAUGUUGCUAUGACCUGUACAGUAUUCUAUUCUUCUAAUAUUUAUAUCUUCUUGCCAUUUUUCCUUUAAUAUUUGUUAAACUCCUCAAAAAAAAAUGCAGAGGCAUACUGUCACCACUUAGUCAGGGUGUGCAUUUGUCCGACCAUCCCACUAAUUGAGUAUUUCUCAGCAACUACCUGCUUGUUCCAAAUGAAAAUACUUCAUGAGAAAUUUCACUAACAAGAGGAAAUGUUGUAUUGUCUGCACCUUCUGGCUCAGUGAUUUUUAACAGAGUAAUGGCUGUCUUGGUUUUCUGUAUAGUACGAUAUAUUUAUGUGUCCAGGUGUGUUUCUCAGCAACUACUGGCUGGAAUUAAUAUUUAUGGGAAGCUUUACUUACAAGAGGAGGUUCCCAUAUUAUCAGCAUAAAUAAAAACAACAUGAGUAUGACUCAUUGUUUAGAAUCUGUUUUUCAGUAUUUAGUCCCAGAAUGGCUGUCGACCACCGAAUCAAAUAAUGAGUCAAAUUCCUGUUUGAGUAAAUGUUGCUAUGACCUGGGCAGUAUUCUUUUCUACUAAUCUUAUUAUCUACUUGCCAAGUUACAUUUAAUAUGUGUUAUGCUCCUCGAAAAAAAAAUGGGAGAAGCAUACAGUUAAUACCCUGUCGGGGAGCAUGCAUUGGUUCCAAAAAUAACCUUGUUUCUUUAACUGAGCCUACUAAUUAGUACUUUUGCCUAUUGAUCUUUUGUGUGGCCUGCCCAUCAUGGUAAACAUAUAUAUCAAGAGCACUUUGUCUGGUUGCGGUAUCAUCCGGCAGUUUUUGCACCUAAAUCGUUAAAGAUUGAGCAAAUAAACCUGGUCUUAUUUCUCGAACUUGAGCAUUUGUUAUCCAAUUUUGCAAUGUUAAAGUGUUAAAGGAGGUCUUAUCAAGAUCAAAUUUGAUGACCAGUGAGAUGGCAUUAAUCACCCUGGAGUUGUUUCCCUUCAAUUGUUAAACAUUUUCUGAAUUGAUUAGUAUUCAGAUUCAUAUAAAUUAUAUUGUGUCAGAAUGGAAAACAAUAUUUCAAAGUCAAAUUAGCAGUCUUUGAGCAAGCCCGGAUAGCGUUUUAUCAGUGCAGGACUAAUUUCAACAAAUGCAUUACAGCAAAUAUGAUUAAAAUGUUGAUAUUUUUGUGCAUAACUGUUCAAGUGAUAUCAUUUUAUAAAAUCAUUGUUAAUAUUUUUGACAUAGAAUGACUUGCUUUUCUUUGGAAUGUUUUUCUCAUGUGUCAAUACUAUGGAUCUGUAAAUUGAUUGUAUGAAGCAAUGCAAAUGUUAUGAAAACAAAAAUAAAGUUAGAAAACUUA